CGUGCACUUUCUGCACUUGAAUGAAUCAAUGAAUAGAUGUAAACACAAAAGAUAGGAGAUUAGCGUGUCUCUUGUGCUCUUGCAUUCUUUGAAUUCUUCUUUCUUGGAUUUUUACUCGAAUUGGAACGAAAUAAUGCAAUAUCAUAUAGCCAUAAUAUCUUCAAUACAUUCAAAAUAUUCAGAUUUCAGAUUGCACUAGAUUCAGUCAAUACAUUGGAGACUUCAAAAAUAAUUAACUUAUUAAUCACAAUUUGGAAAUUGAUAUAAAACAUCACUAUAUUAUCUAUCAUAAAAAAUUAUAGCAUUAAAAUUUUUCAAACAUACAACAUGAAAGUUAUAAAAGGAAAUUGGAAUACUCUUUUAAGUAAUUAUGAGGUUCUGGAUAUUUUGCGAAAUACAAAAUCCUAUAAAAAGCAGAAACCGAACCAAUUAGCGACCAUCACUUAUCAAACAACCAAAUAUUUGGAGACUAUGCCAUGCAAGACACAGAAUCCAGAAAAAAUUAAAGAGUUUUUGAAAGCAAUGGAGCCCUUCAAAUUAACUAAAGCUGAGAAGCUUGCUCUUUUGAAUCUCUGCCCUACUAGACCAAUUGAAAUACAAUUGUUGAUAGAAGAAAGUGAGGAACGUUUAUCAGAGGAAGAAUUGGAAACUGUGCUGCAGAUAGUCGCGAAUGUGCGAGGAGAUUACGAAUAUAAAGAAGAAGAGACUUAAUCUACAUCUUAACAUAACUUAUUUAAAUAUAUUUUAUAUGUACAUUUUAUUUUAUAAUAAAACAUGACUGGAAAUAGUAUAUUAAAUACAA